CUCACGUCAGCUCACACGGCUCCGAUGCGGAUGGCAAUUCUUUAUAGUUCUUUCUCCGCUUCUUCGUUAAGAUAGAUAUUAUUAUUAUUUUGUGUGUGUGUGUGUGUUUGCGUGUUUGUGGUGAGGGAGCAAAUAAUAAAAUCUGGGCUUAAUAAUACCAAAUUAAAUGCUUAAUAAAGACUCGAGUUCGUUACGAAUGACUUGUUCUCUCCUUCUAUUGGCUCGUUCGUAGUGCCGCGUGAUAUACGGACGGUCCGACAGUUAAUCCGCUUUUUUUUCCUUUUUUUUUUCUGUGCGUUCUAUAUCUUUCGGCUUUUUCAUCCUUUAUCAGAGAUUAACGCUGGAAAGAAAGAACAAAAUAAGUCAUCGCAAGGGAGAGCUGGGAUUUGUGAUUGAGAAACAAAUAAUUCAAAUGAAUUUCCCCUCUCUGUGCGCUAAACUGGUUUCACAUAAAAGACAACAUCCGUAUGUGAGAUUCGAUUUCAACCAAUCGUCACAAACUGUUGCAAAAAUCAUUUGACUGGUGCGGGAAUUCCAUCAGGGCUUGUAUUUUAUUCAAAUUGCAUUGAAAACUCACGAAUCUCUCACGAAUUUACAGCCACAAACACGAAAAAAAAAUAAAAGGAAAGAAGAAAAUGUUCGGUACCCCAAAACGCCCAGCUUUCUUAUCGAGAUCUGCGAUCAAAGUUCAAUUUGGAGAAGAAAAAGAACGUCGUUUCCAUUUCGACGAGAUAAGUGGCUGGAUUGGAAGACGGAGCAACGAGACCGAGCUGAAGGGACUAACGUCUUGACUGGGCCUUCUUCGUUUUGCUUUAAUUCAAAUCGCUUCCCAACACACACACACACACACAAUCGCUUGUAUUUUGAUUUAGAUUUAUUGUUUUACCUGAUGUGGAUGCGGUGCACGCUUACGAUUUUCUUCUUGCCUCUUUGCCCGCCCCAUUGUCUUGGUCAAUCGCCAGUCCUAGUGCGUCGGCGUCGGUUCAUCUGCGAAAGGGCUGCGCCUUUCCAAAGUUCAAGUCCCGUCCGUUUGAAGAUCCUCUGGCGACAUUAAAGCUGCUGAUAUUUUCUCAAGAGCAUCAUCUCUCUCUCUCUCUCUCUUUUUCUUUUCUUUCUCUCCUAUUCCCUGGGCACACACGGACAGCUCAUUUGGCUAGAAUUUGCAUGUGGGCGGGACUGUGCGGAAAGGCAUUCGCACAAGAGCCGAAAUCGUGAGAAGUUACUGUUGAUCUCGAGCUGGCCGACAUGGCCGAAUUAACAGGCGAUCAAAGUGUUGCGAUCGGAAGCGACAACGGGACGGAUUUCCCCUCGGAUUGGAUGACGAACAACGGGACGUUUCAGCACAAUAUUAGUUUCGCGCCGUCGAACCACACUGAUUGGAUAUACGCCAUCGGUGACAACAGAUCGUGGCUGUGCCCCGUGUGGAACGAGACCGAUGGCGGAGUGGGCAAUUCCUUCACUCCGUCGGCCUUUUUUCAGGUCAUCAUUUACAGCCUUUACGGCGUCGUUUUCGUGCUGGCCCUGGUCGGCAACAUGGUCGUGUGCGCCGUCGUUUUCACCAGCAUCCGAAAGUGGACGGUGACGAAUUUCUUUAUCGUCAACAUGGCGGCCGGCGAUAUUUUAAUGGCAUUUUUCUGCAUACCGUUCACGUUCGUGCCGACAUUUGUGCUCCUUUACUGGCCGUUCGGAGCGGCCAUGUGUCGAUUAGUAAGCUUUUCGCAAGCCGUUUCCGUCUUUGUUUCAGCCUACACGAUGGUGGCCAUCAGCAGCGACCGGUACCUGGCCAUCGUCUACCCGCUGCGGCCACGCAUGACACGUAAACAGGCCAAGUGGAUCAUUGCCGCUGUUUGGUUGGCGGCUGUAUCAACCGCUCUGCCGAUGUUGAUUACAUCGAAACUGGUCGUGCCAGAGGACAGCAUGUGGCACCAAUGCGCCGAUCGCUACAUCUGCACGGAGGUGUGGGCUGACCAGAUGCAGAAGACUCAGUACACGGCCGUUCUUUUGCUGCUGCAAUACUGCUUCCCUUUGGCAGUGCUCGUCUUCACCUACGGAAGGAUCGGGCUCGAAAUUUGGGGUAAAAAAACUCCCGGAGAAGCGCACCAACAUCGUGACCUGCGAUUAGCCCGCUCCAAGCGCAAGAUGAUCAAAAUGAUGAUCAUCGUCGUUUUCUUCUUCGCCUUUUGCUGGCUUCCCUUCAAUCUGCUGCAGGUGAUCGGAGAGCAUUACCAGGAAAUCUGGAGCUGGACGAAAAUCAACUACGUCGUUUUCGCGUGCCAUUGGCUAGCCAUGUCUCAUUCGGCCUACAAUCCUAUUAUCUACUGCUGUUUCAACUCAAAGUUCAGACAGACGAAAGGGUUUCCAAGUAUUGGGCGUGCGCUGUGGCUGUCUGAAGGAGAACGCGGAGUGGCUGAACGCGGGCGAUUGCGACUGUGGUGCUCACAGCGGCACGCAAGGGAGCGCCCAUGGCGAUCACGGUUGCGCCCCGCUGCAACGGGUCAACACUUACACGACUUGCGCUGGCGGCAGCAAUUUAGGUCAGCACAGCAAGAACCCGUCGUGCCGGGUCCUGCUACCCACCAGCCACAACAACCAACACGGAGCCAACAUUCACUUUACGGGCCAGUUGGGUGCGCACAACCACCACCACCAUCACCAAACCAGCUGCAAAUCCAGCUGCUCGGUCCGUUCCCAGCACCAAGCGGAAGCCGGCGGCCAGCAGCCACGCGCAAGGUGUUGCUCCUCGUACAGCAACAGUGCGAACAUGCAACGCCGCUUCUCGCCGUCGUCAUCGGCGGCCGUUUGCGGCGCCAGCGUCAAUUACAGCCGAUCCGCUUCUCGUGCGCCCAAGUUUGUUUUCCGCACCAACUUCCCAACUCAAUCGUCGUGCCAUCAACAGCAGCGGCUGCUCUCUGGUGCUGGGGCUGGUUCGCCCACGAGCAUAACCAUCCCGUCCGGCGUCAACACCACGGCCGAAUCGCACAUUUGAAAGUGAGCGCGCAAGGCCACAAUAACGGCCAUCUGGUGCGACGGAAAUUCCUGAUCAACAAUAGCCGGCAAAAGGAUAAGAACAAAAGAGAUCUGUCGUGCGAGUCGCCUCCUCCUUCGAGGCUCUAACACACUAUAUAGGCCCACAUCCGUCUUUCUUUGAUCGUCUUUUAUUUGUUAAGUUUUGUUGACGUCUUCUGUUUUCUAUAUUGAUUUUUAACUCAUCAAAAAGGAGGAUUGCAAACGGCUGCCUGUGGCUGUUGACUUGUUCGUAUCCUGGUUUAGCAUUUUCCUUUUAAUUACGUACUUGACAUCAGUGAAAACGUAAUGCGAAAACUGGUUCAAUCGAUUAGCCAAGACGUUGAUAAUUUCAUGCCUGUUCCGCUCUUUAAAUUUCACGUUAAAGGGUUGGAAAGACAGUCCGCGUGGAUCUAACUCUAGUAGGGCGGCCAUUUAUUAUUAUUUGAAUACAAACGGGGAAGCUUAUGAAAAUGAGUAAAUGUCGUGAUACGUUUUGAAUCCGUUUCAUUUCAAUCGUGUAUCUAAAUGUGAACUGAUUCAAUUUUGACGCUAAACUGAAUCGUUCUAUCUGGAAAGAUUGUCUACUGUAGCUACAACACGAAUCACGUUUGCGUCACGUCUGUCAUGCUCUCUUAUACUCCGCACGUAUAUUAUUGUUGUUAUGUCUGUACAGUGACGUCACAUUGAUUGAGUCUGCGUACAAGCCAAUUUCGAAGAAUCAAACAUUAUUACGGUUUCGAAACACAGCGGCAGAAUAUGGCCUUGUGGGUUCCAAACGACAACUAUAUGUAUAUAGAAGAAAGAGAGAGUUUUGGGUUUCCCCUUGACCUGAUUUGAUGACUUUAUAUCUGGACGACACAUCGUCUUAAUUCUAUAAUGUGCUACGUUUAUGUUGUUUUUUUGUUUUCGCGAUUCCAUGUUGUUGUUUUGAUGGACGGUUUGACCGCAAAAUCGAAAAGAGAGAGUCAAUCUAAUGCGCAUUAAAAGCGUAAUGCCCUUCACCUUCUUUCCUUCUUCCCUUAAUUUGUUUUUUCUUGUUCGCGUUUCUAAAUAGAAAUUGACCGAUAUUAAAGCAAAAACGGCCUGAUUAGAUAACAAGUUAAUCUCUCAGCGCGUGUCUGUUGUAUAUCUCGACUCGCAGUCCGGUACGCGCUCACGUUGACCUUUACGUUGUUUCUUUUCGAUGUUUCAUCACCUGCCUACGUGUUGAAACGUUGACAUUCGACCAAUUUGUGUUCUAAUUCUUAUUUACUAAACGGACAUUUUCGACAACAAAUUGCUUACGGAAUUCGAUUAGCAUCGAUCAAUCCCAAUUUUAAAAAAAUAAUAAAUAAAAAAUAAGUCAAUAAAACUGAAGCCAGCGGAUUUCAAUUUUAACAAAAGCACAAAACGUGCUCCUCUUGAUUGCUAUAUCUUAACACACGUUUCACGCCCGAAAACCAAAAUACACAAAAACCAAUUGCCCAAUUUUAUACAUUUCGUCAGGUAAAAAGUCCGCACGAGUGAGUUGACAAAUGUCUAUAUUUUUCUCUGCCGAAAUUCCUUGAUUAGUACUCAAUGUCACUAUACCCGUUCUCGAUUGCUCCCCCACCAGCGCAUAUGUAUACCCCAGCACGCCCCUCUUCUCUGAGCUAAUAUACACGUUUUCCAUGCUACCACUUUAAUCCCGUGUAACCGUAUAUAGCCGUGCGAUAAAGCAUCUGUUUUCUUGUGCGCGUUGUUGGUGUGCGUGCGGGACUUGUACCGUCAAAGUCAACACUUUUAUUUGUACCUGCCGUUGUAUGAAACAAGGUAUAUACGUAACAUACAAAAUAUUGUCAAACAAUUACGUUUAUUUUAUUUUACUUUAUUUUAUUUUUUGUAUUUUAUUGUGAGCAGCAGUUUUUGAUUACUAGAGAAGAUUAGCCUAAACUAUAAAAAGCUUUGAAAAAAAUGGACAGCUCCAGUGUUUGGAGUGUACGUAUAACAGAUAACCAAAUGAAUUCUGGCAUUUGACUCAGUCGUUUUAGAUUUGAAAAAAACAAAACAAGUGGGAUUGAGGCUAAUGUUCUUAUAACUUAUUCCUUUGGUCCAUUUUUGUUCCCAUUUUAUACGACGAUAUACAAUAGGAAUUAUACUACCAAAAUGGAGAUGCAAGUUCUAGUUUUUCGCUUUCACAUUAUCUCGCACUAAGAGUCGAGCAUUCGUCGUCAGAUUUUGUUCCACUCUCACUUUUUUUUUCUUCUCUCUCUCUCUUCUUCUAUGUAUAUACGUUCUCUCAUUUUAAGGUGUCGCGUAAAGUCAAUGCCGGUGUGUUUAUUACUCGAUCGACAUCGGCCAGAAGGAGACGCCUUUGCACUUUGGCGUGAAACUCUGUUCGUAAAUCCCGCACAAAAGUGAUAAAGAAAAAAAACAAAAAACAAACAAUAAACGACACAGACCCACUCAAAAAAAAA